AAUAACUAUGAUCAUAAUAAUAACAAUAACAAUAAUAAUAAUAAUAAUAUGUAUAAUAAUAAUAAUAACUAUAUUAAAUGCCCAAAAUGUAGUAGUAGUUCGGAAAAUAAUAAAAUACAUGUUAGUCAAGAACAAUUAACUGAAUUACGUAUUGAUUUUGUUAAACGUCAAAUAUUAAAAAAAUUACGUUUAAAAAAUCCACCACAUGUUACAGCUGUUGAUUAUUUACCUCAACCAAUUACCGAAAUGGAAUAUAAUAAUGUUAAAUCAAAAGAAGAGCUUGAUGAUUAUUACGCAAGGACUAGUAAAAAAUAUAUAAUAUUAGAACGUGAAUACAAGGAAUGUGCGUUUAUAAAUAAAAAUCCUGCAAUUUGUUUUUUAUUUAAAAUUGAUGAUGUUGAUACAGAUAAUAUGGAUGUUAAUCAAGCUGUUUUAUGGGUUUAUAUUAAGCCAAAAAAUAAUAAUGAUGAAAUGAAGCAAACACUUGUUGUAUCAGAAUUUGAAAGGCAAAUGAGCUCAAGAUAUUUACCAAAAGUUAAACCAAUUGCUAUAAAAUCUGUUGAUAUUGUUGAAGGGUGGAUUAAAAUUGACAUAGCAUGGCCAAUUAAAAAAUGGGUUGGUACUCAUGAAUUAAGUCAUUUAAUACAUAUAACAUGUAACUCAUGCGAAUUAGAUACAAAAGAUGGUAUAAUUGCAUUAGAAAAAGAAUAUCAACCAUUUAUUGUAAUUGAUACGCAAUAUAGAAGACAAAGAUCACGUCAAAAACGUAGUGUUAAUUGUAGUGCUGAUGUUAAAGAAUGUUGUCGUGAAAAGUUAUAUAUAUCAUUCAAAGAAAUUGGUUGGGGUGAUUGGAUAAUAUCACCAACUGGUUAUAAUGCAUAUUUUUGUCGUGGAUCAUGUAAUUCAAUAGCAAGUAUUGCAUCGAGUAAUAAUCAUCAUUCAUUAAUAAUUAAGACAUUAAAAGAUAAAUUUGAUCGACCACUAGAACUAAUACCAUGUUGUACAGCUAAACAAUUUUCACAAUUGGAAUUACUAUUUCGGGAUAGUAAUAAUACGAUAACACAAAAAUUUUUACCAAAUAUGAUAGUAGAAUCGUGUGGAUGUAUGUAAUUCUAUUAAUUUACCAUAUAUUCAUACUAAAAUCUAUGACAAUAUUAUAUAAAAUGUAAACAUAGUAGCUAGAAAUAAAUUAUAACCCAGCUAGAAAUAAAUUAUGACAUUAAAAAUUAAAUAAAAAAUUCCUCUCGAAAAGCAUAGUUCAAUCUAUAUUUUGCUACAAAAUUCAGUAAUUACAACUUAGUGCUAAACCUAAUUGAAUGCAGCAAUUACUGUUUACACAUUAUACAAUUAUUGCUGGAAAAUAUGGUAGAGAUUUGUACCAAAUGCCAAGCGCAAUUAAAUUUCCUUCUUAAUUUCACCACCGCACGCUUGGAAUUAAAAAUUCGAGCCCAGUACAAUUAGCGCAAACGUAUUUCGACAGUAUACAUUUAAAUAGAUGAAAUCAAUUUUUUUUGCAAACUGCAUGCCGCAUACUACGUCCAUUUAAGUUAGCAUUUAUACAGUUUGUGCUUCACAUAUAUAUAUGUGAAAAAAUGGGUUACUGCAAUUUCGAAAGUGAAUGUUGUAAAAGAUUAAGUAUAAUUAAAAAUUCUAGCUCUAUGUGCUGUUUUUUUUUGUUUCCUUUAAUUCUAAAUUGAAAUUUUAAAUAA